CUGAAAUUUCGCAAAAGAUAUUACCGUUUGCGUUCAGACGGAUGCCGUGAUUUUGAUUCGAAUUGCCGCGAUUGGGUGGCGACAUCAGCUAGAAGCUGCUCAGCAACUGACUAUAUUGUGAAAAGUUGUCGAAGAUCUUGCGGAUUAUGCGGUCUACCUGAAAGAAGUCAUGCUUUUGCAUGGUCUAUUAAUGAAAAGGACGAGUUGCACAGUGAAUCUGGCUAUAUUUCCGUUAAGCCCAAUACCCAAGAAGCAGCUCUCACCACAGUUAUGAAUAACGGGUUUGUAACAGUUGAAGAAGGUCCGAUCAAAAGCUCACAAAUCAGAUUCCGAUUAAAGGACGUCGGCAGGAUCAGUUUUAGCCGGGAUCUGCCCGUACAUGAUCUAAUCAGGGAAUGGACGUUGUUGGACAAGAACACGCUGCAAGCACGACUGAGUAUGGAGACGUUGACACAUGGGAUGCAAGAGCACACAUUUAUUCGAUACCAUAAGAUUGCGCCUUAG